GAAGGUGUCAAGAUGUCAGCUGUGAAUUUAGGCAAGAUUGCCGCAAAGACUUCUGCACUUUUCUUGUGUGAUAUGCAAGAAGCUUUUAGAAAGACUAUAAAGUAUUACCCAGCGAUUAUUGAAACAUCUCAAAGGUUACUGAAUGGCGCACAAAUCUUGAAUAUGCCAGUGAUUACAACAGAGCAGUAUCCAAAGGGAUUGGGUCACACAGUCUCAGAACUAGACGUUAGCCAAACUAUAUUGGUUACUAAAACACAGUUCUCCAUGGCAGUCCCAGAGGUGGUUGAACACAUGAAGAAGAUGCCCGACCUGAAGUCUAUCAUACUGUGCGGCAUCGAGACGCACGUCUGCAUUCAGAACACGGCCCUCGACCUCCUGGAGCGCGGCUACGACGUGCACGUCGUCGCCGACGCCUGCUCCUCGCGCAGCAUGGUCGACCGCAUGUUCGCACUGCAGCGGGUGCGCGACGCCGGAGCGUUUCUGACGACGAGCGAGAGCGCGCUGCUCGGCCUCGUCUGCGACGCGGCCCACCCGAAGUUCAGAGAGGUGCAGCGGCUGAUAUGGGAGCAGGCCCCCGAUAGCGAUCUUCUGCCUAAUAUGCCCAAGUGAUUUGGUGUAUAAUACGUACACAGGGGUAGAAAUUAACUUUUGAACACGGGAGUCCACAGCAAAAUGGAGGAGUCUGCAGUCUGAAGUUCA